UUAGCAGAACCAUCAAAGUCUGAUGGAAGUAUGGUUCGCCAUUCCUCAUCUCCAUAUGUAGUAUAUCCACCCGAUAAGCCUUUCCUUAACAGUGAUCUGCGACGCUCCCCAAAUAAGCCUACAUUUGCCUAUCCGGAAAGCAACAGCAGAGCUAUAUUUUCUGCUCUGAAGAAUCUUCAAGAUAAAAUUCGACGUUUAGAACUUGAAAGGAUUCAGGCAGAAGAAAGUGUGAAAACCUUGUCUAAAGAAACAAUUGAAUAUAAGAAAGUAUUGGAUGAACAGAUACAAGAAAGGGAGAAUUCAAAGAAUGAGGAAUCAAAGCACAAUCAAGAACUGACAUCUCAGUUGUUAGCUGCAGAAAAUAAAUGUAAUCUUUUAGAAAAACAAUUGGAAUACAUGCGGAACAUGAUAAAGCAUGCAGAAAUGGAGAGGACAUCUGUAUUAGAGAAACAGGUCUCCCUGGAAAGAGAACGACAACAUGAUCAAACGCAUGUUCAAAACCAACUUGAAAAAUUGGACCUUCUUGAACAGGAGUAUAACAAGCUUACCACAAUGCAGGCCCUUGCAGAAAAAAAAAUGCAAGAGUUGGAAGCAAAACUCCGUCAGGAAGAACAAGAAAGGAAACGAAUGCAAGCUAAGGCAGCCCAGUUGCAGACUGGUCUAGAAGUAAAUAGACUUAUCUAUGAAGAUAAGGCAACUUCAUGUGUUCCCAGUACAAAAAGAAUUAAAAAAAAGAAGUCAAAACCACCAGAAAAGAAGGCUUCUAGGAACUAUUUUGCUGUACAGCCACACUAUCGAUUAUGCUUGGGUGAUAUGCCAUUUGUUGCUGGAAAGUCCACCAGCCCCAGCCAUGCGGUGGUAGCCAAUGUUCAGCAUGUCUUGCAUCUCAUGAAGCAACACAGUAAAGUCUUGUGCAACGAUCGAGUAGUCAGCAGUAUUCCUUUGGCAAAACAAGUGUCUUCACGAAAUGGGAAGAGCAGGAAGCCAGCAACGCCUGCCUCCUCUAGCAGUGUUAAUGAAGAGCUGUCUGAAGUCCUACAGACUUUACAGGAUGAAUUUGGGCAAAUGAGCUUUGAUCACCAGCAGCUUGCAAAACUUAUCCAAGAAUCACCGACUGUUGAACUGAAAGACAACCUAGAGUGUGAACUGGAGGCAUUAGUGGGAAGGAUGGAGGCAAAAGCCAAUCAAAUAACUAAAGUUCGAAAAUAUCAAGCCCAGCUGGAGAAACAAAAGUUGGAGAAGCAGAAGAAGGAAUUAAAAGCCACCAAAAAGACUCUUGAUGAGGAAGGAAACAGCAGCAGCCGUUCUGCAACCACAGGGACCACAAAUAAGAAGGACUUUGCCAAACCGAGACCUGGAGAAAAAAGCAGGAAAAAUCUUCAGUUAUUGAAAGAUAUGCAAUCCAUACAGAAUUCAUUACAAAGCAAUAGUUUGUGUUGGGAUUACUGACUGGUACCAGGUCAUGAAUUUUAUUCACAUAAUCUGUACCUCAUCAAUCAGAUACUGACUUUCCAGGUCUCAUGUUGGAAUUAAUU